AUGACGCUUGUUGACGAAGUGGUAGGAAGAAUUACAGUCGUUGAUGAAGUGGUCGGUAGGAUCACAGUCGUGGAGGAUGAGGAUACACCGCCACCACUGCACGAACCGAAGAGAGGAUUGCAUCCAUUCCCGCAGUACUCGGCUGAGUUACCACAAUACCAAUAUGGAGAACAGCAUUGUCCGAAGCCUGAUCCAGUACAUACUGUGUUGUUACCACACAUACCGUUUGUCGAGAUAAUAGUUCCGGACGGCAAAGGUGGACCCGUCGAGGUACUGGAUGUUGUUGGAACUAUCACUGACGUCGAAGACGAAGUCGUACUGGUCCUCGAAGAUGUACUGGACGUCGAAGACGUAGUUGGCGGCAGUACAGUUGAUGUGCUACUCGUAGUUGGGGUAGGCGUAGGUGUUGGCGUGGGUGGUACAGAGGUCGUCGGAAGAGGCUCCCCUUCACACCAACCAUACGCCGGCUGA